GUGGGGCAAGUCGUUGCAGCCCGAUGAUAUCAAAACGAGUGCAUAGGCUAGUGCCCAAGCACUUAUUGCCAGCCUCAGAAUGAACCCCAGGAGUACGAUCUCGACACGCGGGUCCAUGGCCGCAGUCCCGUUUGGAAAGGCAGUGGCGGAGGGGGGUCAGGCGCUACCCAAUCGAGCACAGGAUAAAUUAUUGCGAGAUAUGAUCUGUGAUCUAUUAUCAUGUACGAUCAACCCGAACAGAUCCGAUGCGAUCCAGUCACAACCUCUCGCGGCUGCCCUGCGGGCCCACCCGUCACAAGUGCUGGCCUAGCCUUUGCCUCUACGCAUCUGAUUCGCGCGGUAUGCCCACCCGACAGACAAGCCAUGGAAAUACCUUUCGAGGCAAAAGACCCCCUCGAGUAUCCGCCUUCCCCGUUUGGGUGGAGGCAGUCCCAGACGGUACAGACUCUAUGUCAUCGGCCACGACAAAGUGGUCGUAUGUUUGAAAAGGGUAUUCGUCCAGCCGGGCUGGUUGAACUUAUAAGCUAUGGGCCUUCGCCUCUGCUGCACCAUCCCGCCUUCCAAGAGCCUGGUUCAGUAUUGCCUCAUUCCGGUUCCCUCCAAAUACUCACUCCGCUGGUCAUCUUCCAUCAUUACACUAUCCUCCUGGUCCUCCCGGUCAUCCCCCAUCACUGCACUAUCUUCCUGUUCCUCCUGCUCCUCCUUCACCCGGCACAAUGUCCCGCAAAACGGCCACCUUCGUUUGCAACAUCUGCGAGGUCCCCUUCCCCUCCUCCGGAGCCCUCGCCUCUCACAAAGAGGAUCGCCAUGUCCUGGGACGGUUCCUCUGCAUAUGGUGCGGAAAAGUCUUCCCGCUCAAGAUGGAACUGCGGGAGCACGGCCGACACUGUACUUCGGAGCCCGUGGAAAGCGGCACCGAAUACUACCGUGCCUCCCAGCCAGAAAGGAAACGUGUCGAGGAAGCUUUUGGCGUCAGACACCAGACGGCUGCGCCCAUGAAGCACCGCACGCCCUUUGCAUCCUUCAACAAUAACAACUAUACCACCCAGAACGACAGACAAGUUGGUGGCGGCAUGUACACCACGUUCUCGGUGGCACCUGCCAACCACAGCACCGCCGGUUCCUCCCAGCAGACGUACGAAGGGAGCUUCUAUCCGCAGAAUCCGUAUGCGCUCCCCGGACCCGAGGGCAUGCAGCACUAUGCUCCCACCCACCCGCAGAACUCGGCUAGCUCCUCCUCCUCCGCUUCCGCUUC